UUUACUAAUUAAUUAGUUUUCAGUUUUAUUAAAUCGUCUCUGUAAGAAUCUCACAGAAGCACUAAGGAAGAAGAAGGAGAAUAAAAACCCUAACAUGGGACAAGAUAAACAAGUCAAGAAAGAUUCUCCAUUAUAUGAACAAAGUGCUACCAUUUUGGCUUCAAGUCAAAAUGAAAAACUUGUUGAGAUAGAGAAAGACAAGAGACUUGCGUUGAUAGAUGCGUGGGAAGAGAACGAGAAGGCAAAAGCUCAAACCAAGGCUUACAAAGAACUUUGCUCAAUUGAAGCAUGGGAGAACAACAUGAAGACAGCUCUAGAGUUAGAUUUGAAGAAAAUGGAGGAGAAUUUGGAGGUGGAGAAAGCUGAAUAUUCAAAAAAAUACAAGAAAAAAAUACCAGAAAUUGAGAAGAUUGCAGAAGCUAAAAGAGAGAAAAUAGAGAAACAAAAGGAGCAAGAAUCUAUCAAAGUUGAAAAAAUGAGUGAGAAGCUAAUUGCAACUCCAAGUGCCUAUCCACCUAAUUCCAAAACCUGUGGAUGUUUCUAAAUACAUUCCUUUCAUGGGUCAAUUCUCGGCCCAUUAAAUCAUUAUAUUGGGCUUUCCUUGUUAAUGUAAUGAACAAGAAAAUGUAUAUAUCAUCCAAACUGAAUAAUGAAAAAUGUAAAGUUUUCGACCAACCAA